AUCAUCAUUAUCAGUUUCUUUUCUAACAAUCUUUCUUAUAAAUAAACUCUGCUAUCAAAUUAUACUCCACACUCACUCCUUUGAUAUUAUAUUUUUCAUAUAUCCAACAUACAUAAUUAAAGUUCUGUAUCCACCAUUUCUGUGAAAUUGUAAAGAAAAUUGCCGAGAGAAUGGCGACCAGGAGAUGUUUGAAAAAUCUUUUUUUAAUAAAACACGGCAGCAGGGGAAGUAGUAGCAGUGUACGAUGUUUCGGGACGACAUCUUUAUCUUCUCGUCACCUUAUUGAUUUAGAACAUGAUUACAGCGCCCAUAAUUAUCAUCCGGUUCCUGUUGUAUUUUCACAUGGAAAAGGGUCAACUAUAUGGGAUCCUGAAGGCAAGAAGUAUCUUGACUUUCUGGCCGCUUACUCUGCGGUUAAUCAGGGACAUUGCCAUCCAAGGAUCAUGAAAGCAUUAAUCGAGCAGGCACAAACUUUAACUCUUAGCUCUAGAGCCUUCUACAAUGACAAGUUUCCAGUCUUUGCGGAAUAUUUAACAAAAUUAUUUGGAUAUGAUAUGGUUCUUCCGAUGAAUACUGGGGCUGAAGGAGUAGAAACUGCGAUAAAAUUGGCAAGAAAGUGGGGUUAUGAGAAAAAAAGAAUUCCCAAAGAUCAGGCUAUGAUUGUGUCAUGUUGUGGCUGCUUUCAUGGUCGUACAGUCGGUGCUAUUUCUAUGAGCUGUGAUAAUGAUGCCACACGUGGAUUUUGGCCAUUGUUACCUGGCCAACUUAAAGUUGACUUUGGAGAUGAAGCGUCUCUUAAGAAACUUUUUGAAGAAAAAGGAGAACAGAUUGCUGGUUUCUUAUUUGAACCCAUACAAGGAGAGGCUGGGGUUAUAAUUCCUCCAGAUGGUUAUCUUAAGGCUGUCAGAGAACUUUGCUCAAAGCAUAACAUCUUAAUGAUUGCAGAUGAAAUCCAAAGUGGCAUUGCACGAUCAGGAAGAAUGCUGGCAUGUGACUGGGAAGGUGUCCGCCCCGAUGUUGUUAUAUUAGGGAAAGCAUUGGGAGGUGGAGUGAUACCAGUAAGCGCAGUUCUUGCAGACAAAGACAUUAUGCUUUGUAUACAACCAGGGGAGCAUGGGAGUACAUUUGGAGGAAACCCAUUGGCUAGUGCGGUUGCCAUUGCGUCAUUGCAAGUGAUACAAGAUGAGAAACUUGUAGAAAGGUCUGCCGAAAUGGGAGAAGAGCUGAGGAAAUUAUUAACAAAAACUCAGCAGCAAUUUCCUGAAGUUGUAAUGGAAAUCAGAGGAAAAGGUUUAUUCAAUGCAGUAGAGCUUUUUAGCAAGUCUUUAUUCCCUGCAACUGCGUACGAUCUUUGUAUCAAACUGAAGGAAAGAGGAGUUCUUGCAAAACCCACUCAUAAUGCUACUAUUCGAUUAACUCCUCCCCUUUCCAUUAGUUUGAAUGAGAUUCAAGAAGGAGCUAAAGCGUUUCAUGAUGUCUUGGAACACGACCUUCCAAAACUGGUGAAGGAGAAGCCUAAACCUACUGCCUCGAAAGGUCCAAGUUCAUGUGAUCGUUGUGGACGUGAUCUGUAUGGUUGAAACAUUGCGUUAUUUGGUUUGUUUUAACAAGUCAAAUAAAUUGUCCUCGUUCGUCCUUUUCUUGAUGUUGAAGUUUCAACAUCUUGUACAAGGUUUCAUAUCCUUGUAACUUCAAAACAUACAGAUCAUACAUCAACACAUCUUGUUUUGUGUUUCACGAAAA